UUUAGCCACCUGUGUUGCACUCAGGCGUGAGCCAUCAUGGAGAGAGCUGUGGUGCAAAUCACCCUUUUUGGGCUGCUGCUGGCUUUGGCCACCACACAAUCCAACAAGGGCAACUGGGAUAUCUACAGCUUUCACAUCAACUCAACAGUGGCCAGUCGUUAUGCAACCACUGUCAUCACAAGCCGUGUGGCCAACCGCAUGGACGAGUCAAAGGAAAUCGAAUUUCAGGUCCGGAUUCCCAAGAACGCCUUCAUCAGUAAAUUCACAAUGUUUAUCGAUGGCCAAGUCUACGAUGGUGUUGUGAAAGGCAAAGAGAAAGCCCAGCAGCAGUACACUGAGGCUGUGUCCCGGGGCCAAAGUGCUGGGCUGGUCAGUUCUGUAGGAAGGACCCUGGAGGAAUUUAAGACCUCAGUGACCGUGGCCGCUCACAAAAAGGUCACCUUUGAACUCACAUAUGAGGAGCUGCUGAAACGCAGGCUUGGCAAGUACGAACUGCAGAUCCACGCUCGACCCAUGCAGCCUGUCAAAGACUUCAAGGUUGAUGUUUACAUUGAUGAGAAAGCAGGCAUCAAGUUCAUGGAGGUUAAGGGAGGACUGAGCACCAACGUGCUGGCCUCUGCUAUCACCAAAACACAAAUGGACAAACAGGCAUGGGUGUAUUUCUACCCGACAGAGGACCAACAGAAAAUGUGUGACAGCUGUGGAGAGGAGGGUAUGAAUGGAGACCUGGUUAUUGUUUAUGACGUCAACAGGAACCCCUCACUGGGAGACAUCAAGAAAUCAAAAGGCUACUUUGUUCAUCACUUUGCUCCAUCAAGUCUUCUCAGCAUACCAAAAAAUGUUGUCUUCAUUAUUGAUCAAAGUGGCUCAAUGCGCGGCAGAAAAAUGAUACAGACCCGGAUAGCAUUAGUCCACAUCUUGAAUGACCUGGCACCGGAGGACCACUUUGGUCUUAUCACUUUUGACAGCAGCAUUAUUCACUGGAAACGAGAACUUGUUCAGGCCAACGAGCAGAAUUUGGAGAGUGCCAAGAAAUUUGCAAGCGACAUUCAGGAAAGAGGAUCCACUGACAUUAACAAGGCAGUAUUGGAAGGAGUGCAUAUGAUGAAUGCACAUCCCAGGGAAGGUUCAGCGUCCAUCCUUAUACUUCUCACCGAUGGAGACCCUACCUCAGGGGUGACAAAUCUCGAACGCAUACAGUCAAACGUUAGAGAGGCCAUCGCGGAGAAAUUCCCACUCUACUGCCUUGGUUUUGGUUUUGAUGUCAAUUUUGAGUUCCUUGAGAAGAUGGCCCUGCAGAACAAUGGUGUAGCUCGACGGAUUUAUGAAGACUCUGAUGCGAAUUUACAGCUGAAAGGUUUCUAUGAAGAGGUGGCCACUCCUCUGUUGACAGAUGUGAUAAUGACCUAUAAUGGCGGGACCAAUCUUACCCAGACUAACUUCAGCCAAUAUUACAAUGGCUCUGAGAUUGUGGUGGCCGGUCAAAUCAGCGACAACGACAUUGAAACCUUCACUCCACAAGUUGUCGCCAUUUCGGUCAACAGAAAGAUGAUGUUUUCUGACACAAAUGCUAUCGUGGAGUCCAAUGGAACAGAGUCUGACAGCCACAUCCAGAGGGUUUGGGCCUACCUCACAGUCAAACAGCUUCUGGAGAAAGAGCUGGUGCUAUCUGGAUCUGAGAAGGAGAACGCCAAGAAACAGGCCUUGGAGCUGUCACUGAAGUACAGCUUUGUAACCCCACUCACAUCAAUGGUGGUCACCAAGCCACAGGGGGAGAACACAGAUGUGCUCCACAAGCCCAGGGAAGGUGGAACACCUAGUUCAGCCGGUGACCAAGCGCUCUUUGGUCGGAGCAGUUCCAGGGGAUUUUCAGGUAAACUUAAAUCAAAUGGUUAUCAAAGAGCAGGACUUCCGAGUAUGCCAGCACAUAUGCCAGCACGUAUGCCAGCACGCAGUGGAGGAGCAGGCGGUGGAGGAGCACGUUAUGGAGGAGCUGGACUUAGUUAUCAACAUCAUCAAUUACCUGAACAAGUAUCAGUCAUGAGUGUAAGACAACACGACAUCGGGUUAGACAACGUUGGUUUGCUGAAAUCUAUAGCCAUUCAACCAGACAUACUCAUCUCUACUGUGUCAAUCAGAAACAUUGAUGUUCCUCUUUCUCACAGAUUUUUGCUAAAAACGGAAAAUAUGUCUCUUCCACUGUGCUUUGAUGUCACUGGAGAUGUUCGCCUUAAACUACUUCGUCAUCCCAGCAGGGGUCUGUCUGUGAAUGGUGAACUUGAUUCAGUACAGAAUGGAGGCUUCAGUAGGAUUGUCAUCCACGUGAACCCUGACCUGAUUGUUGAGGUUGACGCCAAAGAAAUCCAUGUACGAGAGGGACAGACACUGACGAUCCACCCUGGACAGGAUAUCAUCACUGCUGGAAGUUUGACAGUGAUUAGACGGGACAAGGAAAUAGACGUUGCAGUUGGAGACACCCGCAUGGUCAUCUUAAUUCAUGAGAAGAAUGGCAAACAAUUCCUCUGGCCGAUUUUGAGACAGAAGCCAUUGGACACCAACGUUUCAGGAUUAUUAGCUCUGAAGCCAGCAGCGUAUGAGGAGGUGCAACACAGUCCCUCAACAAGACUAAUGAUCAAAGAUCAGGAGAUUGACGUUGCCAGGGCCAGCGCUGUUGACUACAGUAUCGUCUCCUCCCCCACACAUGACUGCUGGCUCAUGUCUGCUGAGUCUGCCCUGCAGACACGCCUGGAUGAUUUCAUUCUUUAACUGGGAACCAUGUUCAAUCACUUGUCGUGAUUUUAUUUGAACCGAAAAUAAGUGAAAAACAUAAACUAAUUCAUCAUGGAAAUCAGUUACGAACAUGAACCAAUAAAAACAUUUAUCUUGGU